UUUUCACGUAGCUAAAAGGUUUUAGUUUAAAAAUUAAAGCUUAAUUUUUAAUUUAUUUGAUUAAGGUAACUAGAAUCAAUAAAAAAUGCCAGUUUUUCCUGUAUAUGCAUCAUUUACAUCUGAUAUUCCUAAAGGUAUAGUUGUUAAACCUGAAACCACGCUUUCACAGUUUCUUGAAAAAGCUAAUGCUAAGUUGAACACAAGUGCUACUAUUGUUUGUACACGUGAGCGAAUGGAAAUUGACGAAGAUGAGAUGCUCCAUGAAUUGGAUUCUAAUACACAACUUAUUUUAUGUAGUUCUUUAGAUGAAUUCGUUCCACAUGUUAUUCAGGAUCAGACUUCUCCUGAAUCAGUCCAUGAUCCCAUUACUUCUACUCCUGCAAUAUUGCAAGUUCAAGAUCUGAACGAAGCUUGUACCUCUAGACCACAAUCUUAUAUGGCACUUCUAUUUGAUGACAGUGUAAUGGAGGCUGAAAAUACAAGCAACAUAUCAUUAAAUUCACCACCAUUGACUUCAAAGCAUAUUUCUUUAACCCAAUUAUCUAAAAAAAACAUCAAGUUUGAGUAUUUAUUGUAAGAGGCUAACCUUGGAGCUUCCUGAUUUAUCUGCUCAAUUUAUUGAAAAUCAACCUAACCUAGUCAAUUUCACAUCCUCCACAAGAUGGCAGAUUGUAGAUCAGCUUUUUUUAUCAAUUUGCAAAACCACAUUGUUAGUAUAUUAAUAUUUAUUCAAAUUUUUAUUACUUUGACAUUAUUUUAAAUCAAAAUGCAAAACAUAAUUUGACCUAAAACAACCCUCAUAAUUAGGUCAGCAUUCAGCAAUGCAGAUCUAAUUGCCGACAUAAAUGUGUUUGAGAUCAGUAAUUUUUUGUUGACCUGUUUCUAUUUUUAAUGGUGAAACCUUUGUGAAGAAAUUUAUUUGCCAACCUUAUACUGACCUAAAACAGUUUAUGACUUUAGUUUUUCUAAUUCCGAGGGUUGCUAAAAUCAUUUUAGUUUAUUUGAAGUUUAUUUUGAGAGCAUCAUAAAGGAUUAGUCUACUCAUAAGGGGUAGUCCACUCAUUUAGUGUUUGGGUUAGGGACUGCAUUAGGCAAUGCCGACGCAAAAGCCGACCUAUCUUUGCUUUACAAUGGCAUACAACUGCCAACCUGAAUCUCUUACAGUGUCUGC